AUGUCGUCCUCGACGGUCGCCAUCGCUGCGAAUUCAGCGAUCAACGCUCUGGAUUCCGACUUGAAGUCGAGUGCCAGGAGGAGGCAUGCUUUCGUCGCAGAGAAGAAAUCGACGGUUGACACGGUUGCCGAUGGGGAAAAUCCUGCUGUCAGUGGUAAUAGGGUUGAUGGCAGAGAUGGGCAUUCCGUGCGGGAUGAAUAUGCGCAGGAGAGACCGCGAGAACUUCCCCAUCGCAAGGAUGAUCUAACUGCGGCGCCUAAGAUUUCACUCAAGCACAAGAAAUCUCCAUCGAAGGCGGACAAGCCCAGGUGGAGAACUAUUCUUAGUAUUCUCAUAAAAAACGGUCUUCUUCUCACUGUGCUUCUCAAUCUGGGGCGAAUGGGUUGGAAGUGGAUCGAUCUUCAAGGCGAGGUCACGCGCUCUUUGUUCACUGCUCCUGCUUUUGUAGAUCAGAUAUCUGAUGUUGAAGCUUCUUUAAGGAAGACGACAGAGAUGUUGCAGGACCGCAUGCAGGCCGUUCAUAGCAAGGUCGACAGAGAGAUCGGCAUUGUAAAAAAGGAACUGACAGAGGAAAUCAAGGGGAGAACUGACUCUCUUGAGAAGAAGUUGAGGCAAUUGGAAACCAGAAGCGACGACUUGGAGGUGUCCUUAACCAAGUUGAAGGACACAAGUUUCUUCUCCAAAGACGACCUUCAGAAAAUCUUGGAUGACUUAAGAAAAGGUCAAAAUACAGUGACGAACACUCGUCAGGUGACUUUGGACGAGAUUAAAGCCUACGCCAGGGAUAUUAUUGAGAAGGAGAUUGAAAAGCAUGCAGCCGAUGGGCUUGGAAAGGUAGAUUAUGCACUGGCAUCUGGUGGAGGUAGAGUCGUUCGGCAUUCUGAGGCGUACAGCUUUGGCAAGGGUAGUUGGUUUCCUGUGGGAAAAGGCCGAAGUGGUGGCGUUCAUGCCAGUGCUCAUAAGAUGCUGCAGCCGAGUUUUGGAGAACCUGGUCAGUGCUUUCCCUUGCGUGGGAGCACUGGAUUUGUUGAAAUCAAGCUGAGAACAGGAAUCAUCCCUGAAUCUAUCACUAUAGAACACGUAGCAAAGGUAAUCUUUCUUCUUCUGCAUUUUUUCUAGACUUUCUGUUUACAGUCCUCUUAGGUGGCGGUAAUUAUCAGCAUGUGGAAUAGUUAAAAUUUUAUUUUACUUACCUCUCUCACAAGGUAUUAGGGGGUUGGUGGGUUGUUUAAAUUUAUAAUUUUUUUAAUUUGUUUGAAAUUUUUUACUCCUUAAACCAUCUAUAUUUCUUUCAUUGGCAGCCUAUUCUCUGAUCUCUCUUGAGAACAUCGAUUAUCUUGUUUUGACCAAUCCUGACUCGUAAUGAGUAUUGAGUUGUGCAGAGUUGGCAGUCUGUGAUGCUCCAUCAGGAGGGUAUAUAUAUAUAUAUAUAUAUAUAUAUAUAUAUAUCAGGCUAGACGACUGAUUCACUGUUGGCAAGGAUCAUUUACUUGGGCAUGCUAGCCAGUACGACUGUCACAACUGGGGUAGUGCUUUAGAUAUGGUUUUCAUGAAGAUGUCUCCCGGCCACUAUACAUGUCUGUGAGGACCAUAGAGGGACUAGACACAAUGAUUUUGAUAUCUGGCGGGCUGAAUUUUCUCCAUAUGCUCUUCCUCGAGAGAGAAAAAAUCUCCAAACCAACCAGAUCUUGGGUGUUUCAAAGUAUAUAUAUUCAUCAGUGAUGCAAUGGAAAGAAACACUGCCGAGGAAAAAAAAAACCUUUGGUUAAACGCCAAUCAGGACCUUGUACCCAUAAGUUGAUUUGAUUGCAAUGGAAAGAGUAGAUCCGGACGUUUUCUAUCAAUCUUGUUUGUACCCUAUGCAUAGUUUUUAACAAAAGGGGAAAUUGUUCUUGCUCGUGAGUGAGGUCAAUAAUUCUCAUGUGAUUCCUUUUUUGGGCUUCUUUCGAUUAAUUUUGCUCAUGAACUCCUGAACAUUCGCUUUUGGAUCAUUUUCUAGCCAGUUUCUCCCCUUCGGUUUCUUCACAUCCGACCUCCUGCUUGUUCUCUCCCUCCCUCCCUCCCUCCCUCCCUCCACCGGAGUCGUCAUUCCUGUCUUCUGCUGAAGGUUGCUGUUUGCGGCAAUGUUGUGGUACUACUGCAUGCUACAUGUUUCCACCCAUUUCCGGCACAGCCUUUGGAUUUCUUCUGUAUUACUCGUCUUUAGCCUUCAUCAUCAUCUCAGAACGUUUUAAACUGCUGUGAAUGGUAUGAAUCAUACUCCGCAUAUGGUCGCAAUACUGAUCUUUUCAUUAAUCCCACAAUGUUUACAAUCCUGCUAUUGAUUUAUAUGUGCAGAGUGUGGGCUAUGACCGAUCUAGCGCGCCGAAGGACUGUCGCAUCUCGGCAUGGCUCGAAGGGCUCGGCAACAGCCCUUCGUCCUGGCCCGAGCGGACGAUGCUCACCCUGGUGGAGUUCACUUAUGAUCUCGGCAAGGGCAAUGCCCAGACCUUCGGCGCUGCUCCAUCCUCUGUGGGCAUGGUCAACAUGGUGCGCCUGGACUUCUCCUCCAACCAUGGGAACCCUUCUUACACUUGCCUCUACCGCCUGCGCAUCCAUGGCGCUGAGCCUGACCCUGUGAAGAUGGUGAUGGGGUCCUGA